AUGCACAAUAACAAUAAAAAACCAUCAUUAAGUAAAAGAGGACAAGAAAAUACACUUUCAAUUUCUUUUAUAAAAAGCAACAAUAAUGGAAAGAAUGAAUAUAAGAGCAAAGGUUUGUUUAGUCCUAUGGAUAAUAUAAAUAAUAUAAAUACUUUAAAUAAUGAAUGUUUUGAACGUAUUUCUAAGAAUUCUUGGUAUGAUACAAGUUGUUUGAAAAGAAAUAAGAAGACUGAUGAUAUAUUUUUAUUUUGUAUAGAAACGAAAAAAAAUGAUAAUUCACAUACAAAUAGAUCUUAUGAUAAGAGCGAAAAUGUUUCAAAUGAUUUAGUGAAUACAUUUUCAACAUUAAACGAAAAGAGAAAUAAUAAUAUUAUUAUGCCUAUAAAUGAUUUGAAGACAUAUAUAAAUGAUGAAUGGUCAAAUGAAAAUGGGAAAAAAAAAAAUAAAAAAAUAAAUAAAGGUAAUUGUAACUACGUAAAUUAUAAUAAUAAUUUGGAACCAUAUAAAAGUAUAUCAAUAAAUAAUGUAAAAAGGAAAUAUAAAAAUAAAAGUAUAAUAAAAAAAUCCUACAAUUUGUUUAAACCAUGUUGUCAUAAUAAAAAGGAACAUAUAAAAAAUGGUAAUUCUUUAACGUUGAAUGCUCCUACAAAUGUUAAACGAGAUAUGUUUGAAAAAUGCAAUAACGAAUUUGAUAAUUUGUUAACAACCAAAUGUGUUAAAAAUCAGAUAUUAAUGAAUAACAAAAUGAGUUUGAAUAAUAAGGAUAUUAGAAAUGUAUUUCCAAAAUAUGAAAGAACAAAUUCGUUAAACUAUUAUAACAAUUAUGAUGUAUACAAAAUUAAUAAGAAUCCUAAUUCGGUUGUAAAAAAUGAGAAUAUAUAUAUGAAAAGAUAUAACAUUCCUCAAAUGUAUAAUGAUGAUAAUAUAUACGAAACGUAUGAUGAAAAUAUAUUAGUUAAGGAUGUACAAGAAACAAAACAAAAAAAAAUAAAUAUAAAUAACGGGCAGUCUACAAAUAAUAAUAUAAUUGAUCAUAAGAAAAAAACAACACUUAUAAGUCAGAAUAAUAAGAAUGCAAAUAUACAUUCAUAUUUUAACAAUAAUAAUAAUUAUCCUUAUUACAAUAUUGAUGGACAUGAUACUGAUUCAACAUUUUAUGAAAAAAAAAAGAAAGAAUAUAAUGUAAAUUCAUUUCUGCCUAGUAAUACAUCAUAUAAUUCAAAAGGGAUAAAAAUAAAAGAUGAUAAUUAUAUAUAUAUCAACAAUUAUACUACAUUAAAUAAAAAUCACUUUGAUGAAAAAGCAAAAAAAAGAAGUUUGAUUAGAAACCCUUUAAAAAUAUCUCAUUCAACGUCAAAAAGUAUUAUUUUAAAAAAUAUUAUGAAUACUUAUACAAACGAGGAAAAUAUAAAUAGUAAUACUGUUUUAUCUAAUAUGAAGCCAGAACAAGAAUAUAUUAAUAAUUAUUCAAAAUUAUGUUUAGAAGAUAAAUCGUUAUUUUAUACAAAUAAUGAAACCAAAAUUUCCUUCACUAUAGAUUUUAAAAUAUAUCCUCCUAUACUUAUGAAAAAUAUAACUCAGUUAAAUAUAUAUAUAGAAAAUAAAAUGAUAAAGAAUAUUUAUAUAAGCGAAUUUCCUCAAACAUUUUCUGUUAUUCUUCAACAUUGUAUAAAAAUAAAUAACGAAAAGGCAUAUAUUAAAAUAAAGAAUAAAAUAAUUCAUAUGAAAGAAACGAAUGUUAUCAAAUUUAUUUUCUUUAAAAAUGAAAAAGUUAUAGGUUGUUCAUAUAUUAGUAUUACAAAUUUAUUAAAUUUAGGUUUAGAAGGAGGUGUAUUCCUAUUAGUUGAAGAAUAUAAAAAUGAAUAUAACAAAAAAAAAAAAUAUAUGGAAUUAAAAAAUUCGGAAAAACAAAAAGAUGAACUUCCAAAAAAAAAUUCUUCAAAUAAUUUCCAUAAAAUACCUAUUAAUAUGCAAGAGGUCCAUAUUAUGAAAUCUAAAAUAUUUUUGAACUAUAAAAUAAAUUGUCCGAAAUUUCUUAUAAAUACAAUUUCACCUAGUGAUAUCAUAACAACUAAGGAUAAAAUAAAAUACUUGGAAGAUAUGAUUAGGGAGAUAUAUUAUUCUUUCCAGAGUUACAAUAUAAACCAUACUACAAGGAAGGGAAAUGUACUUACAUGUCUGAAUGAUCGUUCUAUAAGGAAACAAAAUCAAAAUCAAAUCAUCCAUUCAGAAAAUAAUAAUAAUCACAAUAGAAAUAAUAAUAACAAUGUUAAUUUUUCGAUAAAUACUUUGAGCAUUUCAAAUAACACCAAUGAACAAAAAGAUAAUACUCAAUUGAUGAAAGGAAACGAACCAAAAUGUUAUCAUAUGCAUAUAAAUAAAAUAAAAGAAAAUGAUGAAGAUAUUAUAGAGCAUAAUAAAGAUACCAUGUGUUAUCAGGAGAAAUUAAAAAUGCUAGGAAUACUUAACAAAAAGGAUGAUGAUAAUUUAAGUGAGAGUAAAAUAGACGAACGUACACAUACAUAUAUUUCAAAUGAACAAAAUGAUUUGAUAUGUGUUGUAAAUAAUAUAGAUGAAAAUUAUAAUCUUCAAUAUGACGAAAAUGUAUAUAAUGAUAUUACAAAUAGUAAUGAUUAUAGUGAUAAAAAUAAAAACAAUAAUAAUAAUAUUAUUAAUAAUUAUAAUAGGAACCAUUUUAAUAAAAAUAUUGAAGAACAAGAAAAAAUUUUAAUACCUAUAGAUCAUUUUAAUGUACAAGAAAAUAACGAUAAUGUCAAUUUAAAAGAAAUAAAGGAAAAUAUUAAAAGAGAUAAUAUAUUACAUGAAGUUGAAAAGGUAAAUAGCAAUAUUGAAAAUAAGAUUCUUAAAACGGAUAUAAAAAAUAAUAAUAAUAUAGAUCAUACAUCUAAUUUAUAUUACAAAAAGGAUGAUAACAUAAUAAAACCUGAAGAUGACAAAUUAUAUAACGAUAUUGAAGAAAAGUUAGAUAUAAAAAAAUAUAUCAGUAUUAUAUAUAAAAGAAAAAAACAUAUGAAUAUUAUUAUGAAAAGGAAAGAUAAUGAAAAUUAUAAAAUAAAAAAAAAAAUAUACACAACGAAUUCAAUUUUUUAUAAAAAGUAUAUUGAUAAAGAAAAAAAAAUAAAAAAAUUAAAAAACAUAAUUGAAAAAUAUAAAAAAGAAUUACAAUUAAGUAGAACCCAAGUUGAAAAGUUAAAGUACAACAAUCAUAAUACAAGUAUAUUAUAUAAAGUAUUCUAUAAAAGAAUCAUGAAGGGAAAUAGUAAUGAUAGUAUUUUUGAUAAUAUCGAAAAGAAUAAAUAUAAAUCCAAUGAUACCUUUGUAAAAAACAAAAGAGGGCAUAUACUGAGGAAAACGUGUUCACUUAAUGUUAUAGGGGGAUUUUUAAAAAGUAAAGAAAAAUUUAUUGAAAAUAAUAAAAAUAUUGAUAAUAAUAAAAAUUUUGAUAAUAAUAAUAAUAAUAUUGAUAAUAAUAUAAAUGUUGUUAAUGAACUUGUGAAGAAUGAUAAUUAUCAUAAAAAUUUCAAUAGUCUUAUUAAUAGUAAUAAGGAUAACGUAAUAUUUUCGAAAAUCACUACAAAUGUGAUGCUAAAUAAUAAUAAAACAAAACCUCUUGGACAUAAAAUGUACUCUCAUGAAGCGCUUAGUGCAUACACUAAUAAAUAUGAUAAUGAUAUACACUAUUAUUCAGAUUGUACAUAUGAGAAAAUGAUAGAUAUUAAAAAAAAUAAGAAGCAACACCAUAGAUAUAAUAAAACAUUUACAAAAAUAAAGCACAACACUACAAAUAUUAUAUCAAGUACAUUAGAUAUAAUAGGAACCAACAAAAAUUAUGAACACACGGAGAAACAGCUAGAAAUACUUUUAAAAAAAAAUGAAACAUUAAAAGAACAAAUAAAUAAGCUAAAAACAAAUGAUCAACGAUUUUUAUAUAAUAUAAGAACGUCUAUAAACAAAAGACACACAACAAAUAAUAAUAAAAAAUAUAAUAUUAAAAGAAAUAUUGAUGAGCAUUUUAAUUAUUCUACUGAAAAUAUAUAUAACAUAUGUGUAAAUAAAACUCAUAAUCCAAUUGUCAAUAUUGAGAAUACGAAGAAAAAUAGAUACAGUAAUAAUACACGAUUUCAUUACCCACUAAAUUUAAUAAAGCAAUAUUCAUAUGAUUAUACAUCGGAUUAA